CGAAGGGCGGGGUUAAUGCAGAAGUGGGCUGGAGGUGUUCAACGGGAUUUACAACUAACUUUCUCUCUAUAAAACCAGUUUUUCAUCAGUCGCCUUUAUUGUAGAGGACAGAAGAAUAACGGAUCAAACAUGAGAGGAGCCGUUUUAAUCUUAACUGUUUGUUCGUUCGCGUUUUUCACUUCGCUUUACUGUAACCAGCAGGAAUCGAUCCCCGAGGGAGACCUUCUAGUGCUGACUGUAGCCACAGAGGAGUCUGAUGGAUUCAGACGCUUCAUGAGAUCUUCACGACACUUUAAUUACACUGUUAAGGUACUUGGGAAAGGUGAAGAAUGGAAAGGUGGAGAUUACAUGUCUCCUCCAGGUGGAGGGCAGAAAGUGCGUCUGCUGAAGCUUGCUUUAGAGGAGAUAACAGAGGACAACAAAAUCAUACUGUUUGUGGAUAGCUAUGAUGUAAUCUUUUCUUCGGGUCCAAAAGAACUACUGAAGAAGUUUCAGCAGACCAGACACAAAGUCGUCUUCUCUUCUGAAACUCUUGUCUGGCCAGACCGCCACCUGGAAGACAAACAUCCUCACGUCAGGGAAGGGAAAAGGUUUCUCGGAGCAGGAGGAUUUAUUGGCUAUGCACCCAAUCUUAAAGAGAUGCUCUCUGACUGGUCAGGAGAAGAUAAUGACAGUGACCAACUCUUUUACACCAAGAUAUACAUCAACCCAGACAAAAGAAAAUCUAUAAAUAUAACUUUGGACAGCAAGUGUAGAUUGUUCCAAAAUCUUCACGGAGCCCUUGAUGAGGUUGUGCUGAAGUUUGAAGAUGGACGUGUACGAGCCAGAAACGUGCUUUAUGACACACUUCCUGUUGUAAUUCACGGCAACGGACCCACCAAACUCCAGAUAAACUAUCUAGGCAACUAUAUUCCAAAUGUGUGGACUUUUGAAACUGGUUGUACAAUCUGUAACGAGGACCUGCGGCCUCUUUCUGGACUCCAGGAAAGUGAAUAUCCUGUGGUGGUCAUCGGGGUCUUCAUUCAACAACCAACCCCGUUCCUCACCGUGUUCUUCGAGCGCUUGCUCAAUCUCAAAUACCCCAAAAAUCGGCUCAAAUUAUUCAUUUAUAACCAGGAACCGCACCAUGAUGAACAAGUCCGAAAAUUUCUUGAGGGUCAUGAAUCGGAGUACCAGGGAGUGAAGCUAAUUGGACCAGUGGAGGAUAUUGAUCCUGUGACCUCACGUAAUAUAGCAUUUGAUGUGUGUCGCGAUGACAUUGACUGUGAAUACUUCUUCAGCAUAGAUGCGGAUGUGGUUUUAAAAAAUGAAGACGCACUUAAAAUCCUAAUUGAGCUCAAUAAGCCUUUCAUUGCUCCAAUGAUGACCAAACCUGGGCGACUGUGGACAAACUUUUGGGGUGCGCUCAGUGCAGAUGGAUACUACGCCAGGUCUGAGGAUUAUGUGGACAUAGUUCAAGGACGCAGAGUGGGCUUGUGGAAUGUGCCAUAUGUCUCUCAUAUUUUCCUGGUGAAAGCAGAUGUAUUAAGGACCGACCUUAAGGAUAUUAACCCGUUUGAAUCUGCAUCACUUGACUCAGAUAUGGCCUUCUGCGCCAACCUCCGAAAUAAGGGUGUCUUCAUGUUUGUAACAAAUAUGCAAACUUUCGGCCGAGUGUUAUCUACUGAAAAUUACGAAACAAAGCAUUUACACAACGAUCUCUGGCAGAUCUUUGAAAAUCCUUUGGACUGGGAGGAAAGAUACAUCCAUAAGAAUUACUCAAAGGUUUUAAGUGACAAUCUUAUAGAAACACCAUGCCCUGAUGUUUUCUGGUUCCCUGUCUUCACUGACGUGGCUUGCAAUCAUUUUGUUGAAGAGAUGGAGCAUUUUGGCCAGUGGUCAGGAGGUGCAAAUACAGAUCCUAGGAUCCAAGGUGGAUAUGAAAAUGUCCCCACAAUUGAUAUUCACAUGAAUCAAGUGGAGUAUGACAAACAUUGGCGAAAGUUCUUGUUGGAAUAUGUAGCACCAGUUACAGAGAAAAUGUUUCCUGGGUACCAAACAACGGCACAAUUCGAUCUGGCAUUUGUGGUUAGAUAUAAACCUGAUGAGCAGCCCUCUUUAAGACCUCAUCACGACGCCUCCACUUUUACUAUCAAUAUAGCACUCAAUCAAGUGGGGAUUGACUAUCAGGGUGGCGGCUGCCGGUUUUUGAGGUACAACUGCUCGAUUACAGCUCCAAGGAAAGGGUGGGCACUCAUGCACCCAGGACGCCUCACUCAUUACCACGAGGGUCUGCCCACAGUAGAAGGGGUUAGAUACAUUGCCGUCUCAUUUGUGGACCCUUAGUUCUUAUUUUAUCCGAAAGCUGAAUUUACUUUUAAUACAGAUGAAAGUAUAGCUCUAAAAGAAGGGCUAGAUAAGAGUUUGUGCUUGAACAUGCCGAGACUGUGCCUUCAAUUGUAAAGAUGUCAGUGUACAUAUUUUAACAUUUUGUUACAAAAAAGCACCCUUUGAUGUUGACAAUUAUGGAAAAAUGACAGAUCGUUUUACUGCCUUUUUACAGCUUUAAUUUAUUUUCAUUUGUGUCAUGUGGAUUUCUGUAAUGCAGAAUCUGUACUGUCUUCAGCUUUGACAUUCAUUCAGUGUUUUUUAGAAAUGCAUCUUUAGCGUUUGGUUCUGUUUUUUUAUCACAGCUUACAUAUUUAUUUUCUUGCCUUGUUUAUGAAUCUGUCGUCUUGUCAUGCAUUUGGGAAAAAACCACAAUAAAAA